AACUUACGUAUCUGAUUUCUACUCUUUAAUUCCUCGCGCUUCAAUUUUAGUUGGUUAACCAUGUCUGCAAAUUCUUCAUCUUCAUACAAAAUCCGGAGUCUUGUUACGUUGCUUCACCAGUACUAUAGAGUUCGCUUUGAUGCUACAUCCUCUCAGUUACAUGGCAUAGUUCCAACAACUAGGAUCACUUGUCGUGGUUCAGCAAGUCCAGGAUUACGGUUUAUCAGUUCAGGAGAGUAUCGAAUUCCCAAUAAGAAGGAUCGGGUAAAAAAUGAAGCAAGCAAGGUUCCUCCGGUUGAGCCACCUCCUUCUAAGCCCAAUUUAUUUGUUUGGGCAAAAUGUCUUUUGGGAUCCAUACUUUCAAUAUUCCUCCCAUUUUGGAAGGAAAAUUGGGAUAGCAUUCGAAGAAUUGAAGGAAAGGUAGAGAAGGUGGCGGAAGAGGUGGAAGAAGCAGCGGAGGUAGUAGCGAUGGUGGCGAAUAAAACGGAAAAUGUAAUGGCAGUGGUUGCCGUUAAGCUGCCUGAAAAUAGUUUACUCAAAGAAGCAGCUGUAGCAAUUGAAAAUGCAUCUGCUGUGGUUGCUAAAGAUGCUCAAUUUACUUGUAAUUUCAUUCACAAGGUUGAAGAUGUGAAGCAAGACUUGAAGGACUUGGAGAAAAUGGUUGAACCUUUUACUGAAAAAGUGGAAGAACACAAAUGAAGCAAUAAAAUAGUACUAGUAGUAAAUGUACAUAUUUUUAUUUAUUUAUAUUUAUUAGUGCCUCAAAUAUCAUAAAAAAAGAGGCCUUAUAUGAGACAAUUCAGAAUAAAAGAGGUAAAACCUACUUUCAUAUCAUGAUCAA